AUGGAUCACUUUGUGAAAGCCCAAACAUAUACAAGUAGACAGACGGUCAGUUUGAACGCAGAACGUCAGCGAAGAUGAAGGUUCGAGGUAUGCAGAUCUGGGGCUUGCUGUUGACGUUACUGGGCUGGAUUUUCGUGGCUUGCACCAUGGCCAUGGAGAGCUGGAAGGUCACGUCUGUCGGAGGGCAGGGUGGGAGCUCCAUCAUCACGGUGGGCUGGUACUGGUCCAGUCUGUGGAGGGCAUGCUACACCGACUCCGCCGCCACAUCCAACUGCUACGACUUUCCUGUGCUUUGGGCCGUAGAAGAUUACCUCCAGAUUGUAAGGGCUCUGCUGAUGUCUGGCAUGGGUGUCGGAGUGCUGGGGUUCAUCCUGAGCUUUGCGGGAAUGGAGUGCACUUACAUUGGAGGCAAAGACCAUGAGAAGAACCGAUCCAUGUUCACAGGAAGCUUUUGUCACGUCUUAAGUGGUUUGCUCUCUGCCUGUGGAUAUGCAGUAUACGCUCAUUACGUCUCUGCUGAGUUUUUCAACCCCAGAUUUGACGGAUUGCAAUUUGACUUGGGAACUCCGUUGUUUCUCGGGUGGGCUGGAUGCGCCUUUCAGAUCACUGGUGGAAUUUUUUUCCUGGUUUCAGUUUACAAGAUCAGGUCUCAGACAUACAGCAGGCCACUAACGUCCAUCGUUCCUGCAGUGGAGGGUAAAGCCUCACGCUCCUCCCACACAAACCUUUCCAUAAUCUCUGAACUUUCCUCAAAAUCUGGCGUAUCAUCAAUAUCUGAGCUCUCCUCUCAGUCUCACAUUUCACCUGUGAACACACGUGUCUCCAGAACCCGGCGUACUUCCAGACGCAAAUCGAGGAGCUCUGUCAAAUCUGCAGUUUAUCGGCCGGUGCGAUCAUCCAUGUCCUCAAGGUUAAGCAGAUCGGAUUUAAACAGAAGGAAAUUAUCCGCUCCAUCCAGAACUGCCACACAUUUCUUUAUCAGGAACUCGUACCUCUGAAACAGUUCAGUGUGGAUUACUGGAGAUGUUGAAGUAGACAAACACAGUGUACUGCACUUCUGCAAUGACAUAUCUAUGACUGAAUAUUAAGGAGGCUCUUUGCAUUCAAAGCAACUCUGGAAAUUUACUGUUGAAUGUUUUUGCAAAUGUUUGAGGUUAUGGGAUGCUCGGCAGAGAAACGUGACCAAUAGCUUUCCUGCUGAAAAACAACAACAAUAGAAACCAUCACAGAAAUUCUAAUAGUUUUCAUUAAAACACCAUUAUCAUAUUUUUUUCCAUCAAACCAUUACAAAACUCCUUUUUGUAGGGCUGUUUGGGCCUUUUUCCAAUAAGAUUACCCUGCUGAAAAAAACAAUAGAAACCAUUAAAGAAGUUAUAAUGGUUUUAAUGGUUUCGAAGGGAUUUGUAUUGGCUUUAAUGGAAAAUGUAGUGGUUUUACUGGUAUGUGAUGGAUUAUAUUGGUGGGAUGUUAAAUCCUAUUGGAAUCAUGCCCAAAACACACUAUAGAACACACUUCUUUCCUGUGGCUCAGUGGUUAGAGCAUGCCGCUAUCAAUGUCAGUGUCAUGGGUUCGAUCCCAGGG